ACUGUGGACGAUGGUGGUGUUUGGGGUUUGUCGUAGUUUUGACUUUUUGACGUAAAUUAUUCGUAAAUAUGGCUGACGAACUCAAUGUUGACAGUCUAAUUCACAGACUUUUAGAAGUUCGAGGAUGCAGACCAGGAAAGACAGUGCAGAUGUCAGAGUCGGAGGUUCGAGGUCUUUGUACCAAAUCCAGGGAAAUAUUCUUACAGCAGCCAAUAUUACUGGAAUUGGAGGCGCCACUCAAAAUUUGUGGUGAUAUUCACGGUCAAUACACAGACUUAUUACGUCUGUUUGAAUAUGGAGGUUUCCCACCCGAGGCGAACUACUUGUUUCUGGGCGACUACGUGGAUCGCGGCAAGCAAUCACUUGAAACUAUAUGCCUCUUGCUUGCUUACAAAAUUAAAUAUCCAGAAAACUUCUUUCUUCUUCGAGGCAAUCACGAAUGUGCUAGCAUAAAUCGUAUUUAUGGUUUCUAUGAUGAAUGUAAACGCCGUUACAAUAUAAAACUGUGGAAGACGUUCACAGACUGCUUCAACUGUUUGCCCAUAGCUGCUAUCAUAGAUGAAAAGAUAUUCUGCUGCCAUGGAGGCCUCUCACCUGAUUUGCAGGGUAUGGAGCAAAUAAGACGAAUAAUGAGACCAACAGAUGUUCCUGACACAGGUUUACUCUGCGACUUAUUAUGGUCAGAUCCGGAUAAAGAUGUGCAAGGCUGGGGAGAGAACGAUCGCGGAGUAUCAUUCACUUUUGGACCCGACGUCGUUAGCAAAUUCCUCAACAGACACGAUUUAGAUUUGAUAUGCCGUGCUCAUCAGGUAGUAGAAGAUGGCUACGAAUUUUUUGCAAAGAGACAGCUGGUUACCUUGUUCUCAGCACCCAACUACUGUGGUGAAUUUGACAACGCCGGUGGUAUGAUGUCUGUUGAUGAAACACUCAUGUGCUCCUUCCAGAUCCUGAAACCAUCUGAAAAAAAAGCUAAAUACCAAUACAACGGAAUCAACAGUGGGAGACCAGCCACACCUCAAAGGUCACCACCCAAGAAAAAAUAACUGACAUUUGGGUUCCAGUGUGCUGCACAGUGAGAGGAAUGCUACAAAUAAUUAAUUAUAUCAUGUAUUAUAAUUAUUAUGUUUAGUGUAGUCAUUGGACAAAGCCGAAUAAUAUGUCGCAUAUUGUUAAAUUUAUUUAUCAACUUGCUUGUGCCUUCUUAUUUUUAAUUUUAAUUAAUGUGAGUGAUAUUAAUUUAUGAAUUUAGUUCUACAGAGAUUUUGGGGAUAUUGAUUGGAUAUGAUGAUGACAUAAUUCGGCAACGCCUCUGAGACUAUUUGCUUUUUCGAUCCCUGGUGUAUUGCAACCCUAGUUAUCGAAUUAUAUUAUACCCUGUUGUUUUAUGUAAUAUAACAUGUUAAUGUUGUAGUAAAAUUGUUUUGUUAACUUUAAAGAGUUUGAAGUGAUGAGAAUGGUCUUAAAUAUGCGGGCAUUGGACACAAAGCGUCGUAACACAUUCAUAAUUAUGUUUAAGUUGUAGUGGAUCGAAAGCACAUUCGCUUUGUUUAUUCUGUAACUAAUGUGCCUAUAAAUGUAAAGUAUGUAUAGGUCUCGUAUAAGUAACGUAAAUUGGAUUUUACUUUCGAAAAAAUUCUAGUAUUAUCAUAUUGGUGAAAAUAUCAACAAAAAGUCACAUUGUUGUUUAUAAAACAUAACAUUUGUUUAUAUUACAUAUUUUAGUUUUGUUUUUUUUUUUUGUUGAUGUAAUAAUCCUAUUGUGGAACUGGCCUAAACCAUGAUAUUAACCUUCUCUUGUCAUAGCUACUAAGUGUUUCUAUCUAUUGACCCUUAAACUCACACUUGGUUAUGUUUAGAGUGGUGUUUCACAGUAAAAUUUAUGUUUAUUUGCACUCAGUAUUAUUGUUAAAGAGUAAGUAGAUGUUUCAAAAUUUCUUGGACAUAGCAUGAUCUCCCCUUGAGACUUUCGCAGUUGGCAGUAACAAGUCUCGAAAUGAAUUCAUAAUUUAAUUAAUGGUGGUAGUAACAGUGUAGUCCUCGCAACAAUAGUGCAAUUUCUAUAUAAUGGUUUAUUAAUUAUAAAAUUAUAUGCAGGUUUUGCAUUGUACAAUUUUAUUUUUAGCUAUGUUAACAAUAUCAAAUGAUUUUCAUUCAUUAAUAAAUAUUACUAUUUAAACUAAGAGGUUUAUUUUUGUUUCAUUUUGGUUUGCAUUUACAAAUAAUAAUUGUAAUUUUUAAUAUUGUAUAAUUUAUUGAGUGUACUUUGUUAUUAGAACAUCAUUUUAUUUAUGAAGUCUUUUCAUCUUAUUAGCUUUAUAAAUUUGAUUACUAUUUAGGUAUGUUGCUAUCAGAUUUAAAUUAUAUGUUUGUUCUCAGUAUUUAAAACUAAAUUGUAUAGAGCUAAAUAGAUAGCUGGUAAAAAAAUGCAGACAUUAGAUUUUUAUGUGAUUCUUUCACUUACUUAUUCUAUUUUUAUCUACACUAGUAUUGAUAACUUACAUUACACAGAAAAUUGAUUUUUAAAAUAAUUAUCAUAGAUUUUGUUGUACUUUUUCUCAGGUGUGUACAAUUUUCUGAAAUAUAAAUUUUAUUCAAUAUUU